AUGGGACGCCCUAAGGUACACCCUGCGAAUCGCCUGCGGGCAAAUACGGCCUGUACUACAUGUCGGGCCUCCAAGAAGCGAUGCAGCGGGUCUUUCCCCUGCACCAAUUGCAUCCGUAAGGGUUGCGGCCGCACUUGUAUUCCAUUCAAGUCGAUACCGGAUGCAAGUCCCCAGAGUCGGCCAUCACCUGCGACUCAAACAGCGAUAGAGGAUAUUCCGGCGUGGAGCAGCUCGAGUGUCAAUUUACAUAGCCCAGCCGCUUCACAUACUCAUGACGGUGCCGAUCGCCAGAUCGAGCGGGUGAUAGAGACGGGCUCGCGAUCGCCCGAGGCGACGCAUCGCACACUUCCGCGCAUGCUUCGAAACCUGCAGGGCGAACGAGUUUAUGUUGGCAAGGCCGCUUCACUUUCAUUUCUUCAACUCCUUCGAGAUACGGUCACUCAGCAUAUUGGACCCUCGCAAUUCUCCCAUAACUUCAAUAGUGAAGAUAUGCUGGAGACGGAAUCCCGUCAUGAUCCACUGAACUUUUCAGAAGAGCGCUGCGAUAAUGACGAGAAGCGCCGGUUCAUUCGGACCUUCCACACGGUAACCAGCGGUUUCCUUUUUCUUGAAUGCCAUCCAGAAUCCUUAAUAUUAGAUGACCCGGACCCAAAGACUGACCGAGAAAAGACUCGGGCAGCCGUUCGCGACCUCGUGAUUGCCAUUGGAGCGCAGUCAUGUUCCAACGAACCCGAAACCGUCCGAACGGAGCGCUUCUUCUUCGCUCGGGGCCAACAAAGGACAUUUGCCAAUUUCUUGGAAGACCCGAGUAUGGAUCUGGUCCGCGUGUUUCUACUCAUGUCAUUCUACAUGUUCGGCGCCUGUCGGCGUAAUGCAGCGUUCAUGUAUUUAGGCGUGGCGGCUCGGUCCGCCGUGGCAUUAGGUCUGCAUACGGAUUCUUACGGGUCGCUGAGCCGGGACGAACAACGGGAGCGAUCGCAAUUGUGGAUGAGCCUCUGCGUCAUCGACUUGUUGGCGAGCUCCAUCCUGGGACGCCCGGCUGCCACGGCAUCUCUUCUCUGGGAAAAUAAACGAGAGAUCCCUCUGAUGGCAGCUACACCGGCCGAAGCCGUCUUACUUGCCUCGUUUCAAUUGUCUUUGAUAUUGGAAGAAAUUAUCAGCUGCCUGUAUAGCGAAAAGGCGGCAUCUACAGAAAGAGCAGAUUCAUUACUCGCCAAGCUGAAUCGCUGGAGCGAUCAGUUACCCAACUCGAUUCGUAAAUCGUCCGAAAAUGAAGAGACUAUCGCGGCACAAGAGUGCAUCAUCGGUAAUAUGCACGUUGCAUGCUCCUAUCAUUUUGCGGUCAUACUCGUGACCCGGCCUUUUCUCAUCUCCACGCUAAGCGUCCGGCUGGCUCGGUUGCAUCGGACCCUCUCGGGUGCGGCUAUCGAUAUGCUCGAGGAAGACCCGGCACAUUCGCGGCUUGCGGCUGCUUGUAUUGACUCGGCGGUAUACAUGCUUCAAACGUGCAUGGAAGUCCACCAGUCGGGGCUACUGUUGCGGAAUAUGGGGAUCCUAAAAGCAUUUGUCUUCGCCGCAGCGCUAGUAUUAGGAUUUUCAAUGUUCUCCCAUCGCGACAUUGACUCUGAAGUUGAUGGUGCAUUUGCAGGCGCUCUGAGCAUUCUACGGAUGCUCAGUCAACAGUCUGCGCAGGCCGCCCACUAUCUCGAAAUACUAACCUUGCUCGAGGCGGCCAUCACACAGCAACGACGACGACUGGCAGCCCAAGCGCGGCAGCGGCGCAGCCAAUACGUGAGUCGCAUUUUCAGCUUGAAUGAUGACCCUGGUUCUGCGCGAAUGCAGAGCGAAGGCGAGGGCCGAGCCGCCACGACUCCGCUGCAGCAGGGUGGAUCAUUCUACCCGUGGACUCCACAGCAUGAUGGCCCCGCGACGAUGACCCCGCCAGUAAUAGACGGGGCCCUUUUGGACUGGGAGGGCAUGGAGCUACCGCUCUGGGACAGUUUUCCAUUUACCGAGCCGGGAUCGUCCGUGCUGUGA